CGCAGGGGGGCGUGUUUCUCCCCUGCUCUCUCCCCUCGCUGUGAUCCUACCAGGAAAAAGGCAGGAGAAGACGCCGUAGUGCCCGCACAGGACGAGCACUGCGGAGGGGAGAGAGCGCAACGGGACAGCGGCAUCUCCACUACACUACCCCCACCGUGAUCGGAUAUGUCAGCUUGGUCACGAUCUCCAUCAGCGCCCGAUUUCAACUCCACGGACACUUACCUUAUGUUUUUACUUACACUUAUGCUUUUCUGAAAUCUUCCUGCUCCUAUCCCCUCUCCUUUUGCCUUCUACCUCCUCCUUCUUCUUCACCGUCCCGUUAUCAGCAUGGACAAGACGCUGUGUAGUAGCAGCCCGCUCCACGCCAAAACACCCUCCGCUGCUCCUGCAUCCGAACGCGGGAACUCGUCCAUAAGAAAGCCCGGGACAGGAGGCAACAACCGGGGACCCUCGUCUUGCAGCAGCACCAAUGCCCUACUCGGGAACAGCAUGAAUCCACAAUCACAACAACCACAGCAGCAGCAGCAGACACGCAAGAGGCAGUUGGAGGGAGUGCUCAGCAAAUAUACCAAUCUGAUCCAAGGCUGGCAAAACAGGUACUUUGUUUUGGACCCAGAUCUGGGACAGCUGCUGUAUUAUGUGAAUGAGCAGGGAAAGAGCCAGAAGCCACGUGGAUCGCUGCCUCUGAUUGGUGCGUCAGUAACCCCGAGCGACGAGGCCCCACACAUGUUUAUAGUGAACUCUGUGAAUGGAGAGCUGUACAAACUCAGAGCCUCUGACGCCAAAGAGCAACAGUUCUGGAUCAGCCAACUCCAGGCCUGUUCCAGACGCCACUCCGACAGCAGUGCCAAGGUGAGGAAGCUGAAAGGCUCUGAUGAGCACCUGAGUGUGGAGCGGGCCGGGGGCGGACAGGAGGGGCUGGCCCCCUCCAGCUCAGGACGCACCCGCAGCUUCUCACUCCUCCCUCAUCUCACCCCCUCGUCAUCCCCGGCAACGCAGCGACACCCGAGCUCCUCGGCGACACCCGGGAACAUCGUCACCAUCACUCACCACAAAUCCCCCGCUGCAGCGCGCCGGACCAAGAGCCAGUACCCCGGACGCCUGCACCAGGUCAAAGAGGUGAUGUCCCAAGCAGAGGGUCAGCAGAAGAGCCUGGUACAGUCCAUCGACUCCCUCCCAACCAAAGGACCACUCUCCUGCCUGGACCACGACCUGCUGCUGCUCAAAGCCACGUCGGCCGCCACCCUGAGCUGCCUGGGAGAGUGUCUCAACAUCCUCCAGCAGACCCAGACCAACCCCACCACCCCUGCUCCAUCCCAGGCUGCUCAGAGGAACCACAGCGCCCCCUCUGAUGGUGUUCCUGUGUGGACUGUCCCAAAGUCCCCCUCAGUGGAGCAGAUGAGGAACGGUCUGACUCCUCUGCACUCAACCGAGCCCUCCCCGGACUCCCGAAAACGCAGCCUGUCCCAUGGAGCUGAGCAGCACUCGGGGCCGGAGGAUCUGAGUCCGUGUGAAGAGAUGACGGACUCUGAGGACAAUGAGGAGGAGGACCUGGGCGUUCUGGAUGAUCAGAGGAGCAUCAUCCUGCACCUGCUCUCACAGCUCAAACUGGGCAUGGACCUCACACGGGUGGUGCUGCCAACAUUUAUCCUGGAGAAGCGCUCGCUGUUGGAGAUGUACGCUAACUUCAUGGCCCACCCCGACAUGUUCCUGUCCAUUACCUCUGGGACCACAGCUGAGGAGCGCAUCAUUCGAUUCGUAGAGUACUAUCUCACCGCCUUCCACGAGGGACGGAAAGGGGCUGUAGCCAAAAAACCCUACAACCCCAUCCUUGGAGAGACAUUCCACUGCUCAUGGGACGUACCAAGAGACAAAGUCAGGACUGGGAAUCGAACCAACAACCCCGGGUGCGCUCAGGGGCCAGGCAGGGGUCCGAAUAACACGCAGGGGGAGGAGAGUGGACCAUAUAAGGUGCGGUUUGUGGCAGAGCAGGUUUGCCAUCACCCUCCGGUCUCUGGGUUUUACUGUGAGUGCAGAGAGCGAAGGAUGUGUGUCAACUCCCAUGUUUGGACCAAGAGCAAGUUUAUGGGCAUGUCCAUUGGAGUGUCCAUGGUGGGGGAGGGUGUGUUAUAUUUAUUGGACCACGAUGAGGAGUAUGUGUUCACACUGCCCUCCGCUUACGCCCGCUCCAUCCUCACUGUGCCCUGGGUCGAACUCGGGGGCAAAGUGUCCAUCACCUGUGCCAAAAGUGGAUACUCUGCUACUGUCACGUUUCAUACCAAACCCUUCUAUGGAGGAAAGGUGCACAGAGUGACAGCGGAGGUGAAACACAACCUGACCAACACCAUCGUGUGUAAGGCUCAGGGCGAGUGGAACGGGACUCUGGAGUUCACCUACAGCAGCGGAGAGACCAAAGUCAUCGAUACAAACAAACUGCCUGUGACCAAGAAGAAGCUACGGCCCGUGGACCAGCAGAGCCGCACCGAGUCCAGGAGGCUGUGGCAGCACGUCACCAAGUCUCUGAAGGAGGGGAACAUUGACGAAGCGACGGAGCACAAGCACAGACUGGAGGAGAGGCAGAGGAGCGAAGAGAAACAGAGAAACGCCAACAACAAGCCCUGGACCCCCAAAUACUUCACCAAAGAGGGUGAAGGAUGGGUCUACAACACUCCUCUGUGGAAAUCAACCUGAUGGUGUCGUUCUUCCUCUCGGACAGAAACACGAGCUUCUUCUGCAGAGGUCAGCCUGGAUGACCUUUGAACCCUAAAGACCUUUGGAGAUGUUGACACUGGUCCAAUUCCAUUUAGUAGAAGAGAUGUUUCCUAUGGACGACUCGAGAAAUGUAGGUUUGGGCUGUUUCUGUUCAUUUGCCUCCUCAACUCCUCAACAGGAAAAGAGCCGAGUACACACAACCUGCAUCUCUUCUCAGUGGGCGGGGCUUAAUUGAGGAAUUGUCAAGGAAACAAGUGUACAGAAAUGAGGUGCAGCCUUUGACGACGCAAGUUUGGAAGAAACUGGAUUCACCCUGUGAGGACAAUGAGGUGCCAAAGGAAUCCAAGAAGAACUACAUUUUUAUACAUAAAGUUAAAGACUAUUGAAGUAACUAACAGUAGAGUAUUUCUAUUUUUCACUUUGCCAAGGCAUUUUUUGCACAUGCACAGUACUGAAGUUCACCACUAGUGUUUUAUAUAAAUGUAUAAAUGUGAUCACACAGUUUUGGUUCAGAGCUUUUGGUUCAUCGUGCAGCAUUUGAAUGAUUCAGUAACAUGUUAACUGUUCACGUUUAUUACCACAGAUGAAUAUUCCUUAGUGUUGCUUUAUUUUUCUCCUGUCAGAAAAUAGCCACACACGUUAGUCUAAUGUAUUUCUGAAAUUUGUGUAGCCAUGAAAAGCAGUACAGCCAUAACCCAACUGGGAAAGAGUUAAAUCAAACGUGUUCAGUUACAGGUUAUUAUCAACGCGAUUACCAAAGGUCCUAUAAAAAAGUUUUAUUCUGGAUUUUUCAAAACGUAGGUUAAGUUAAGCCUUUAUUGUUCAUGUAGGAAACUAUUGGGCUACUUUAGUAUAUCCUAUGUCCCCUGAUUUCUGAGCGUUUUGAUGAGAAAAACAACAUUACAACACAGUUAUACAAAAUAGUUUUAGUACAAUAGAGGAUUUUAACAUGUUAAAGUAAAUUAAAAAUGUAAUGUAAACGCCUAAUGUUGCUUUAUACAGCGAUGAAAAUACUGCAAUUAUUAUAGCUUUGUUUCUCUCUUUACAACCGAUUCACUCUUCUUUUAUUGACGUGUUUGAGCUUCCUGUAAUAGGCGCCAUUUUGAGGACUUUGUAUCACUGAAAAGCUAGAAGUUUUCAAAUUGUCAAUCGCUAUGGGAACAGUUCCAAGUCUUCAUCACUCAGAAAUCCAUAGAGACUGUACUUUUGCGCAGCUGUCCCUCCAUUGAUGUAUUUCUAUUAUGAAUGUAUUUUAGCACAUCAGCAGUUUGCUCCGUGACGUAUUUGGUCCUAUUACAAACACAGACUUUAUUUUAACAUGGCAGCAUUUCGUUAUUCUUUAAAUAUUCCAGCUCUAUAAUAUUUUUGGCAUUACUACCUCUGAAUCAGUGUCAUGUCAUUUGCAAAUAUUUCAAGUUGAUUUUGUAGGUGUUGAGAUGAGAUCAUUCAGUUGUUCGUAGUUAGUGCACUCCCAGUUUGAGUAUUUACACUAUUGUCUAUAAACAGUUGUUAUACUGCCUUAUUCUCACUGUUUAAUUGUACUAAAUCCAGGUGCAGGUCAGUAGCCUCAGUGAAAGACUAAACUAAUAUUUUUGUUUCACGUUUUUAAGCCUUACACAGAAACGAAACAGGUUUUAGACAGUUUUUCAUGAAUGGAUAUAUUCUGAUGUAGCGCAAACUUUAGAUGAAUAAUAAUAAAAACCUUUGAGUAUC